UCAAAACACUUAUACAGAUUGUUUGAAAAAAGAGCAAAUAUGCUCUUGGAUGCUAUGUACGAACAGGAUCAGAAAAGUGCAAUGGCUACUUUGGAUGAAACAGUUACUGUUUUUGGGGUUAAAACGACCCCAUUAACAUUUGCCUAUGAAAAUAUGAUGUAUGAUGUGCUUGGCCAUCCCUGCUCACAACAUAGAAUGGACCUCAUUUGGCACAAGAAGGUUGAGGGAGACGUAGUUAAAGGUCGAUGUUGCCCUGCUUUGUGUUCCAUUUUUGACUUAUCGCCAAAAAAUUUCUACUUUAUUAACUAUGUCAUGUUCCUUGGUGUACUGCUAUUAUACACCUAUUUUGUAUUGGUGAGCGCCGAUUAUUCAUACCUGAUGACAUACAAGGGGCUUGAACCAGUGGAGUAUACUGUCUACCUUUGGGGAUUGGGAGAUUUCAUAGAAGAGUACCGUCCACUCGUGGAAAAAGACCCGGGAGGAAGGGAAUCGAAAGGAUACUUUAAAAGGGCGGGAGAGGCAUCGGGAGUUAUGGUAAAAGACUCAAUGGGGAAAAACUCAAACCAUCUUGCUAUAUCGCCACAACGCAGCUAG